GUAGAGCCUCAUCUAUCUGUAAUAAUGCAGUCAGCAGAAGAGGAUCACGUCGCCCCUGUGGAUCUACAACAUGAAGGAUUCCAGAUACAAAUAAAAGAAGAGGAAGAUGAAAGUUACUUCUGUGAAGGAUCCAUAAUCCCUGUGGUCAUCUCUGAGGAACAUCUCACCCCAGUGGAUCAACAGUGUGGAGGUUUCCAGAUGAAGCCUGUGAAGAAGGAAGAAGAUAAAGAUGAACUCAAACUGAACAACCAUGAUAAAUAUGAUGAUGCGCUGGUGAAGAUUAAGACUGAACAUGAGGAUCUGACGCCCACCAGAAGCUCCAGUAAUCAGCAAACGUCCUCUGGUACUGUCAGCAUUAACACCUCUCUCAGUCCCACACAGGAAGAAGGAAACGUCUGCUCAGAUUGUGGACAGAGCUUUAGGUUACAGAGUGAACUCAAACGACACCAGCGCAUUCACACUGGAGAGAAACGAUAUCAGUGCUUAGAGUGUGGGAAGAGUUUUAAUCAACAGAGUGAUCUUAAAAUACACCAGCGCAUUCACACUGGGGAGAAACCGUAUCAGUGCCUAGACUGUGGAAAGAGUUUUUAUCAACAGAGUGCUCUCAAAAAACACCAGCGCAUUCACACUGGAGAGAAACCGUAUCAGUGCUCAAUGUGUGGAAAGAGUUUUAAUACAAAACUGUGUCAAUGCUCACAGUGUGGGAAGAGUUUUAAUCAACUGAGUCAUCUUAAAAGACACCAGCUCAUUCACAUUGAAGAGAAACCGUUUGAGUGCUCACAGUGUGGGAAGAGUUUUAUUACACAGAUUCAUCUUGAAAUACACCAGCGCAUUCACACUGGAGAGAAUGCAUAUCAGUGCUCACAGUGUGGGAAGAGUUUUAUUACACAGAGUCAUCUCAAAAGACACCUGCGCAUUCACAGUGGAGAGAAACCGUAUCAGUGCUCACAGUGUGGGAAGAGUUUUACUCAUUUCAGUCAUCUAAAAUCCCACCAGCUCACUCACACUGGAGAGAAACCGUAUCAGUGCUCACAGUGUGGAUACAGUUUUAAUACACAGAGUAAACUCAAAAUACACCAGCGCGUUCACACUGGAGAGAAACCAUAUCAGUGCUCACAAUGUGAAAAGUGUUUUACUAAUCAGAGUAACCUCAAAAUACACCAGCGCAUUCACACUGGAGAGAAACCAUACAAGUGCUCACAGUGUGAAAAGAGUUUUACUCAUCAUAGUGCUCUCAAAAAACACCUGCGCAUUCACAGUGGAGAGAAACCGUAUCAGUGCUCACAGUGUGGGAAGAGUUUUACUCAUUUCAGUCAUCUAAAAUCCCACCAGCUCACUCACACUGGAGAGAAACCGUAUCAGUGCUCACAGUGUGGAUACAGUUUUAAUACACAGAGUAAACUCAAAAUACACCAGCGCGUUCACACUGGAGAGAAACCAUAUCAGUGCUCACAAUGUGAAAAGUGUUUUACUAAUCAGAGUAACCUCAAAAUACACCAGCGCAUUCACACUGGAGAGAAACCAUACAAGUGCUCACAGUGUGAAAAGAGUUUUACUCAUCAUAGUGCUCUCAAAAAACACCAGCGCAUUCACACUGGAGAGAAACCGUAUCAGUGCUCUGACUGUGAGAAGAGCUUUAAUAUACGGAGUGACCUCAGAAGACACCAGCGCGUUCACACUGGAGAGAAACCGUAUCAGUGCUCACAGUGUGGGAAGAGUUUUAAUACACAAGCUCAUCUCAAAAUCCACCAGCGCAUUCACACUGGAGAGAAGCCGUAUCAUUGCUUACAGUGUGGGAAGAGUUUUAUUACACAGAGUCAUCUAAAAAAACACCAGCGCGUUCACACUGGAGAGAAAUCGGAUCAGUGCUGAGAGUGUGGGGAGAUUAUUGUUUAGUAUAAAUGAACCCACAGGUUCUGCGUUCAUCUGCUCACUCACACAUCUUCACUCCAGCUCUCUGUCGUGUGUGUUUCAUUAAGUGUGUGUGUGGAAUACCCCCCAGGUGGAUUACUGCUGUAUCCAGGGUGUUUUAAUGCGUAAAUAUUGAGAGGAUGUGAUGUAAUACUGAUCUGCAGGAAGCGCUUACUGAAAAUAAAUAAAUGGAUCACUUUGUUGUCUCGUAUUGACUAUCUUGUUACCUGCUAGGGUUAGAGUUUAGGGUUAGGAGUUAGGUUUAGGGGUUGGGUUUAGGGUUAGGAGUUAGGUUUAGGGGUUGUGUUUAGGGUUAGGUUUAGGGUUAGGAGUUUGG